AUGUUUACUUGUCCGCAAAAAAUAGUUUUAUUUCUAGCAGCCCUACUCCAACAACAACAGCAAGCAAAUGUUGCCGUUACCAGUGGGGCAAAUACUGCCAAUUCUGCUUAUUUUGAUUAUAACCAACUUUUAUUGGCAGCAGCAGCCCAGCAACAACAAAGCGGGAAUCAACAGACUUCUUUAGCUGCUGUAGCGGCAGCUUAUGGGAUGCCUGUAGGUAGUGGAACUCCACAAUUUGAUUAUUCUAAUUCUGCUUCUUUGGCAGCCGCAUAUCCUUUUCUCCAACAAGUAAAUACUCUAUCCGCAACAGCUCCAACAUCAGUAACCAACUCCCAAAGUUACGUUGCCCAAUUGGCAGCACAAGCCCAAUUAGCUGCUGCUGUCAGUAAUGGAGGAGUUGCUGGGACAGGAUCAACUACAACAACAAAUAAUUUAAAACGUUCUUCAAAGAAUUUGGAUCAACGUCGAAGCGAAUAA